AUGGAUGACAAAUUGCUGACAGCGAUCAGGGAGGGCACUCUAAGCGAUAACGAGGCCAAAGGACAACUACUCAAACGCAGAUACGCCAUCGCAAUCGGCAAAGACCUCCCGGCUGACCUUCAAGCCCGAGCCCUUCAAGUAUGUGACAAAGCCUUCAAGUCCGGCGUCUUCGAAGCGACCAGCAAGACGCCGCCCUUUGUCACAUUCCUUCGCGAUGCAUUGGAAACAAUUGCACUCGUGUAUAAGGAAAAGGAUGCUCGGCCCACGCCACCACUUCAGACAAAGACAAGCACUCCAGCCGAUGCGACGGAGCCCACGCUUGAGCCAUCACCAAGUUCCGAGUCUGAUCUCGAGCGUCGGCCUGCUGCCUCUGCAAGGGGCCGACGCUCGAGAUCAGUGACUUUGGAACGGUCAAUGGUCGCGGACGCAGUCGAAGCGAGGCAGCUUCGGAAGCGCCGCGCGCAUUUGAACACCGAUACACAUGGGAGAGAUUCGAAGCGUCAUUUUCACGGACCCCCCGAGAAUGUUCCUGAGACGAAGGAACCAACAGACGCUUCACCCUCCUUGAUUGUCAAAUUGCGUGUUCCAAUUAUAGGUGAUAGCAACAAGUUGUUAGGCGUAUCUGUUCCCAUCCCCCGACGAUCUUCUUGA